AUGUGUGGUGACAGCGUUGACCAGCUCAGCAAGGCGCUGAUCCCGGAUGUUUCGACGGCCGAGGUGGAUAAGCUUAUUGUCGCAUCGAUCCGCCAGGGGCGGGACGUUCCUGUCGAAUCAAUCCAGGACACAAAUGUCAGCGCACCGGACGACACAGUGGUGAGCACUACUGGACAAACACCAGACAACAGGUCGACUACAAAUACGCCAGCGCCUGAUUCGUCAACAGCGACGGCAACGAACACUCCAGCAACGACUACGGCGACAGCGACAGCGAGCCCGCUGCCGCUGGAGACGGUCAUCUUCAAGGCGACCGUCCUGACGCUCGCGGCCGGCAAGUUCAAUGCCACCGAAGCGCUCGCGGUCCGCGGCGACACCGUCGUCGCGACGGGUUCGCUCGACGACGUGCGGGCCGCCGUGGGCACGGAGGGCAUCCGCGAAGUCGACUAUGGGAACCGCGUGAUCACGCCCGGCUUCAUCGACCCGCACGUCCACUUGCUGAUGACGGCUCUGAUGGCGGACGAGAAGCGCUUUGUCGACUUGACCUUCCCCGGCGUGCGGACGCAGCAGGACGCGCUGGACAAGCUGCGGCACGCCGUGGUGGCAAGGGCAGCCGAUGCCAGUGCCGACGCCAACAAGGAGAAGAAAACGGAGAUCCAGUGGCUCGCUGGCUACGGCUUUGACCCGUCCCUGGUGGCGGGGCACCCGGACCUGACUAUUGACUUGCUGGACGCGCUGUCAGGGGUCAACGAGCAGGACACGGCCAUCUACGUCCUGAACCAGUCGGGCCACAUUGCGUACGUCAACUCGGUCGUCUUCCGCGCGCUCGGCGUGGGUCAGCGUCCCGGCGAGCCCGGCUACCCGGCCGACGACGAAAACUACCAAAAGCGGGCCGACGACGGCGCCCUGACGGGUCUGCUGUUUGAAGACGCCGUGUUUGCGCUCGGGACGAACCUACCCAAGGCAACGGCCGAGGAGACCGUGGCCGGCGGGCGCCGCAUCCUCCAGCGGUGGGCCAGCAAGGGCAUCACGACGGCGUUUGACUGCGGCAUCGGGACGCUGGCGGGGCUCGCGGACCUCGCCCUGCUGCGCCAGAUUCUGGAGCGCAACACACUGCCCAGCGCCGACGCCGACACGCCUGUGCUGCCGCGCUUCCACGGUGCCGUGGCCUACCAGACGGUCGAGCGCCUCGCGCCCGUGGCCGACCUACUGCGUCUGCCGCCGUGGCACCUGACGGCCGACGGCGGCGAGGCGGCCGGGGCCGUGUACGGGCUCAAGCUGUGGCUCGACGGGUCCACGCAGGGCUUCACGGCCGCCGUCUACGAGCCGUACCGCGGCCAGCCCGACAACUACGGCAUCCUCAACUUCCGCCAGGGCCACGCCCUCGACGCGCCGCCCGACGACGACCGCGUCGUGGCGCUCGUGCAGCCGUUUGUGCGCGGCGGGUGGCAGAUUGUGAUGCACACCAACGGCGCGCGCGCCUUUGACCAGGCCCUGCGCGUGUUUGCGCGCGUGCUGGCGGCCGAGGCCGUGGCCACGGACGUCUACGGGGGGCCCGGCGGCGCCGGCAAGCUGCGCCGCAAGCGGCACAUGCACCGCCUCGAGCACGUCACGGCCGACAUUGCGCCGCCGCAGCUGGCGCGCGCCGCGCAGCUGGGGCUCGGCGUGUCGCACCUGAUUGCGCACGUGCGGCGCUGGGGCGACGCGUUUGCGACGUACGUGCUGGACCAGAAGCGGGCCGCCCGCCUCGACCCGGUCGCCGACGCCGUGGUCGCCGGCGUGACCUACUCGUUCCACAGCGACUCGCCCAUCAGCGAGGCCAACCCGCUGCAGUACGUCGAGACGGCGGCGAGCCGGGUGCUGGAGGCGACGGGCGCCGUGCUGGGGCCGGACCAGCGCAUUUCGGUCGAGCAGGCGUUUGCGGGCAUCACAUACAACCCGGCGCGGCAGCUGGGGCGGCUGGACGAGGUGGGUUCGCUGGAGCCCGGCAAGAAGGCCGACUUUGUGGUGCUGGACACGGACCCGCGGACGGUCGAGGCGAGCCGGCUGGUGGCAUCGGUGGGCAUCGAGGAGACGUGGAUCGGAGGCCGGCAGGCCUUUCGGCGGGCGUAG